AUUUAAUACAUCUCUGUUGUCUUGAGGAGACAUGAAAGGUCUGAGGUGCACUCUGGCUCUUCUGGCUCUGAUGGUGGUUUCCAUCAGAGCUGCUGAGAAGACGGCUAAAUCUAUGUCUGAGAGGAUUGAGGAAGCCAACGUGAACAUUGUCAGAGCUCUUGAUGGGCACUUUGUGGUGGAUGACAUGGUUUAUGACUCUGAGAGCGAGAGGAACGCCGACCCCUGCACCUUCACCACGUGCAAGUGGGACCAGGCCAGUGAUGGCAUGGUCUACGUGCCCUACAUCAUCGCAGACCACUACACCUCUAGAGAGCGUGCCAUUAUUGAACGUGGCCUUCAGUCCUUCCACAGUGUCUCUUGCAUCCGAUUCGUCCCUCGCACCAGUGAAAGAGACUUCAUCCACAUCCAGUCACUGGACGGGUGCUUCUCCUCUGUGGGUCGGCGUUCCAAUGAACAACGUCUGUCUCUGAAGCGUCAGGGCUGCCUGUAUCACGACAUAGUACAGCAUGAGUUGCUGCACGCUCUGGGCUUUAACCACGAGCAGUGCCGCUCCGACCGAGACCAGCACCUCCUCAUCCUGUGGGAUAACAUCAUACCUCGCUGGCAGUACGCCUUCGACAGGAUCAACACUCUAAACCAGGGAACACCCUACGACUACAACUCUGUCAUGCAGUACAGCAAGUACUCCUUUUCCAAGAACGACCAGCCCACCAUGGUGCCGAUUCCUGACCAAAACGUUGAGUUCGGUACAGCCACUGAGAUGAGCCAGAACGACAUCACAAGGCUCAACCGGCUGUACAACUGCAGAUAAACCACACCAGCCCAACACAGAAGUUUGCUCCUCCUCCUGGAUUCAGCUACCAACAGACGUCCUUCUGUGAGAGUUCAAAAGCACGGGAGAUACAUAUCUGUAUGAUGACUGAGCCUUCAUUCAGUUUGGAAUAUAAAUGGUUGAAAUGGAUUAAAAAAAAUCAAAUUAUGCUCAAAUUUCAGGUCAGCAGCUUCAAUAAAA